GGACRUUAUGUACGUAUGUCCACUCAGCAGUCCAAUCACUGGAACAUUGACCAUCACAGACUAUAAGCUGUACUUCAUCAGCGAGGAGAAGGAUUCACCCUUUACGCUUUAUACAACCCUGGGAGUCAUCAGCAUGGUGGAUAUUUUCAAGGCUCCAGACGGAGAAGAUAAAACCACCAUGGGUUUUCAACUGGUCUGUAAGGACAUGAGAAGUCUAAGAUUUGCCUACAGGAAAGAAGAAGGGCAGUCGGAUGUUGUGGAGGUUCUGUCCAAAUACACCUUCCCUAUGUCCCAUGGCUCGGUAUUUUUUGCCUUCACGUACAAGGAGCAGUUUCCUGUGGACGCUUGGAAAGUUUAUGAUCCACAAGCAGAAUACAGACGUCAGGGUCUUCCUAACGAGAGCUGGAUCAUCAGUAAGGUGAACAGUACCUACGAGCUAUGUGACUCAUACCCUGCCAUCCUGGUUAUUCCCUACAACAUGACGGAGAAGGACUUGCAACAGGUGGCUUUGUUUAGAGCCAAGCGUCGAAUACCGGUGUUGUCCUGGAUCCACCCAGAGUCUCAGGCUGCAAUACUACGCUGCAGCCAGCCAUUAGUCGGACCUUUGGACUGCCGUUGUAAAGAGGAUGAACGUUUCCUCCAAAUUAUCAUGGAUGCCAACGCUCAGUCCCACAAACUUAUUAUUUUUGAUGCUCGUCAAAAUAGUGAGGCUAUCACUAACAAGACAAAAGACGCAGGGUAUGAAUCGGAAACUUUCUACCCAAACGUAGAGCUGCAUUUCCUGGAAAUCCCCAACAUAAAUGUAAUGAGAGAGUCUAUGAGAAAGCUGUGGAAUGUGAUCUGUCCUACUAUUGAUGAAAGUCACUGGCAUUCUGCAAUCGACCAGACGCACUGGCUGGAGUACAUCCGGUUGCUCUUAGCAGGGGCAGCAAAGAUAGCUGAUAAAGUUGAGUCUGGGAAAACCUCAGUGGUGGUUCACUGCACUGACGGCUGGGACAGAACGGCCCAGCUUACGUCCUUGUCCAUGCUGAUGUUGGACAGUUACUACCGAACUCUCAGAGGCUUCCAGGUUUUGGUGGAAAAAGAGUGGAUUAGCUUUGGACACAAGUUUUCUGCUCGUGUGGGUCAUGAUGAGGAUUUUUCUAGCACAGAGCGCUCACCUCUCUUUGUGCAGUUCAUAGACUGUGUUUGGCAGAUGACUCAACAGUUUCCAGCUGCCUUUGAGUUUAAUGAGCUGUUUCUCAUCACAGUCCUGGACCACCUGUACAGCUGUCUGUUUGGUACAUUCCUCUGUAACACUGAGCAGGAAAAGGUAGCCAAGGAGGUUCAAACCAAAACUGUGUCCCUCUGGUCCUAUAUCAACAGCCAAGCUGACGAUUUCACCAACCCCUUCUACAUGGACUAUCAGAACUAUGUUCUGUGUCCCCUGGUUUCUUCCAGACACAUCAGGUUGUGGACAAGCUACUAUGUCCGCUGGAGCCCACGUAUGAGACCACAGGUACCAGUUCAUCAAACUCAGAAGGAUCUCCUGGUCCUGAGAGCAGAGCUCCAAAGGAGGGUGGAUAGGCUGAAGAGAGAAACUCCUCCCACUGUUCAUUUUUCUUUGCUGAACAUUUAACCUUCCUAUACACACAGCUGGAAGCCCACAUAGUUUUUGAUUUACUAAACUGUCACAAACAAAGCUGUCCCUUAAGACAAAAAUAUAUCAUUUAAUUUUGUUAAAUAAAUAGACAAGAUAACACAAGAACACUUAAAAAAUUUCCAAAGUGUUGAAAAUAGGACAAUGAAUUUUUUUGUAUUAUCUAAAACUUUCUCAGUUUUUCACAAUAGCUUAGUCAGUCUUCAAUAUCAGAGACUCUAAAUGUCUACUGUGUAUUUACAAUUCAAAAAUUUAAUUACAUAAAAAUAUAUAUUGAAUUUUUGUUUGUGUAGAGACUGGAGAUUUUCUUAUACAACCUCUUCUUCUGUUAGUGUUUCAUUUUAUAACAAAGUUCUUUUUCAUGUCAGUGGGGACUUUGGUGCUCGUAUCCUGGUUUACCCUGGUUCUUGGGACAUGCUCAUUGGUUCAUUCACAGUCCAGGAGAGUCAUGUCACACAUAUGAAAUUAAUUUUACAUGAAUCGCUUGAAACAACUGUUUUUUUCCCACACAAGUUCAACUAUAAUUGUGGCAAACUACCAAGCAACAACGAACUAACAUUAGUUAGGGGACCGGGGACAGUAGCAACAAGGGACGGUUGCAACACGUCAUUUUUCUCCAAACAGA